UCACCCAGCACACCCACACAGUGCACUCGUUUUUGCAACUUGCAUGGAGAGGUUGGUAGAAGAGAUUUGAUUGGUGUCAUAGAAUUAAUAGAAUCCUUAAUCAGGAAACUCAAAAUUUGUUAUCUAUCUUAAUUCAUAAGUCUUAUUACAGAGUCGAGUCGAGUCGAGUCGAUCCAUCAUGGGAAACUCGUGUGCGUGUGCAUGUUUCAGUCCCAAGGAGAAGCAGCAGGUGACGUCCUUCGAAAGAGAACCCUCAAAACGCUUACCCAACUCUUCGCCUUUCUCCCCCUUCUCCACUACCAAAAGCAAAAGCAAGAAGAAGGGAGAUCUUGAUCAAGAGUACUACGACGAUGCUCUCAUUCAACAGCAGGCCCAGCUUGCCGCGGCUCUCCUCUUCCAGCAUCAUCAGCAGAGCGGUUCUUUGCCCCUCAACCGCUCCGCUUCUGUAGUCUAUCCCUCUCCUGCUCCUAAAAAGAUCCCAAGGAGUUCCAGUUCUGGGCAGCACUCACGCGCCGAUCCCACUCUCAUUCACCCUCAUCACCUUCUUAAUAAGGAUCUAAAGAUUGAAGGUCUGGAAACCAAUCGUUUUGUCCUUGUUCACGGAGGUGGCUUUGGUGCCUGGUGUUGGUAUAAAACUAUGACACUUUUGGAAGAAAGCGGAUACAGAGUCGAUGCAGUUGACUUAACGGGCUCUGGAGUUCAUUCAUUUGAUACAAACAGCAUUGCCACUCUUGCACAAUACGUAAAGCCACUUACUGAUAUCCUAGAGAAACUAGGAGAUGGGGAAAAGGUGAUCUUGGUGGGACAUGAUUUCGGUGGUGCUUGUAUUUCAUAUAUAAUGGAGUUGUUUCCCUCUAAAAUCUCAAAAGCGAUUUUUAUAGCUGCAGCAAUGUUGAGUAGUGGGCAGAGUACCCUUCAUGUGUUUUCCCAACAGACGGGCUCAAAUGAUCUGAUGCAACAAGCUCAAACAUUUUUGUAUGCAAACGGGAAAGAUCAGCCUCCAACUGCUAUUGAUCUUGACAAAGCAUUGGUGAAAGACUUAUUGUUCAAUCAAAGUCCUUCUAAGGAUGUUUCAUUGGCAUUAGUUUCAAUGAGGCCAAUUCCUUUUGCACCGGUUAUGGAGAAGCUCUCACUUUCUGAAGUAAACUUUGGCUCUGUUCGGAGAUUUUAUAUAAUUACUCAAGAAGAUUGUGCCAUACCCGUUUCUCUACAGGAGAAGAUGGUACGCACAAAUCCCCCAGAAGAGGUGUUUUGGCUAAAAGGUUCUGAUCAUGCACCUUUCUUCUCGAGGCCUCAGUCACUGCACAAAAUACUAGUAGAGAUAUCACAAAUUCCACCAAGCAUGUCUGAAUAGGAUUGCACCAGAGCCUGGCGUGAUAAAUAUCUGGCACGUUGUGGCAAGCAUAUGGUAAGCGAUAAAUGAUAUUUUGCUACCCAAAUACACAAUUAUUGAUUUUUUUUUUUAAAAAAAAAAACACAAAAUCAGACCUUAAUCCAUUUACAUGAUUUUGUGAUUUUUUGUUUAAUUAAAAAAAAAUUAAUAAUUGUGUCAUAAAGUCGCAACAUAUCAUAUCUCUAUAAUAAGCAUCAUUGUGCAUGUCUUGUCAAAGACUUGGAGUUGAGCAACCACAAUAUAUCGGUGAUCAUGUGCAUGCAUAUGCCGUUGCUCCCUUAUUGUAGGCUUGUAGCUAUCAUGUAUAUGGUGUACCUCUGGCAUCUUCCAAUCUGUAUAGGAUGUUUACAUUUAUUUUAUAACCUUGAUAGUACCAAUGAGCAUCUAUCAAUCGUAUUUCACUUC